GACUUGAACCAGUGAAAAAAGCUUAUGGCACUUAUGAAGAUAAAUGUCACUCUUCCCUUUUAAAUUGGAGCUUCUGCUUAGGACCUGUGUAUAACUUGUCCAUCUGUGAUCUGUUCACUCAGUAGCCAUUGACUUUGAGUUGCAAGAAGGUCUCUGAAGAUUUAUAUCAAAUGACGUCAAUGGCCAGCUUGUUUUCUUUUACUAGUCCAGCAGUAAAGCGAUUGUUGGGCUGGAAGCAAGGUGAUGAAGAGGAGAAAUGGGCAGAAAAGGCAGUCGAUGCUUUGGUGAAAAAGCUAAAAAAGAAAAAGGGUGCCAUGGAGGAACUGGAGAAAGCCUUGAGCAGUCCAGGACAGCCAAGCAAAUGUGUCACUAUUCCCAGAUCUUUAGACGGACGCCUUCAGGUUUCUCACAGAAAAGGCUUACCCCACGUUAUAUAUUGUCGUGUUUGGCGCUGGCCUGAUUUGCAGAGUCAUCAUGAGCUAAAACCAUUGGAUAUUUGUGAAUUUCCUUUUGGAUCUAAGCAAAAAGAAGUUUGUAUCAACCCAUACCACUAUAAGAGAGUGGAGAGUCCAGUCUUACCUCCAGUAUUAGUGCCUCGUCAUAAUGAAUUCAAUCCACAACACAGCCUUUUGGUUCAGUUUAGAAACCUGAGCCACAAUGAACCGCACAUGCCACAAAAUGCAACUUUUCCAGAUUCCUUCCAUCAGCCCAACAACACUCCUUUCCCCUUAUCUCCAAAUAGCCCCUAUCCCCCUUCCCCUGCUAGCAGCACGUAUCCCAAUUCCCCAGCAAGUUCUGGACCAGGAAGUCCAUUUCAGCUCCCAGCUGAUACCCCUCCUCCUGCCUAUAUGCCACCAGAUGAUCAGAUGGGUCAAGAUAAUUCCCAGCCUAUGGAUACAAGCAAUAAUAUGAUUCCUCAGAUUAUGCCCAGUAUAUCCAGCAGAGAUGUUCAGCCUGUUGCCUAUGAAGAGCCCAAACAUUGGUGUUCAAUUGUUUACUAUGAAUUAAACAAUCGUGUUGGGGAAGCUUUUCAUGCGUCUUCUACUAGUGUGUUAGUAGAUGGAUUCACAGACCCUUCAAAUAACAAAAGUAGAUUCUGUUUGGGGUUGUUGUCAAACGUUAAUCGUAAUUCGACAAUUGAAAACACUAGGAGACAUAUUGGAAAAGGUGUUCAUCUGUACUAUGUUGGUGGAGAGGUGUAUGCAGAGUGUCUCAGCGAUAGCAGCAUAUUUGUACAGAGUAGGAACUGCAACUUUCAUCACGGCUUUCAUCCUACCACUGUCUGUAAGAUUCCCAGCAGCUGCAGCCUCAAAAUUUUUAACAAUCAAGAAUUUGCACAGCUUCUGGCUCAGUCUGUCAAUCAUGGGUUUGAAGCAGUAUAUGAGCUCACCAAAAUGUGUACAAUUCGAAUGAGUUUUGUCAAGGGUUGGGGAGCAGAAUAUCACCGGCAAGAUGUUACCAGCACCCCAUGUUGGAUUGAGAUUCAUCUUCAUGGGCCUCUCCAGUGGCUGGAUAAAGUCCUCACUCAGAUGGGCUCCCCUCUGAACCCCAUAUCUUCUGUUUCAUAGUGCAGAGUAUUCUCUUCAAUUAUGUUAUUAGUGGACUUGUUUUAAUUUUAGAGAAACUUUCAGUACAGAUACUGUGAGCUUACAUGGAAAACAGCUUUUUUUUUUUUACAUAAUUGUGACCAAUACAUUUGUAUUUUGUGAUGAAUCUACAUUUGUUUGUAUUAAUGUUCACGUGAUUAACUUUCAAAACUGUUGUGAAAGAUGCAGAAAAAUUAUUAUGCCCCAGUUCAAAAGUUUGGCAUUAAUCUUAAACUGGAACAUACUUUUGCCUUAUUGUCUCAACAAAUUUUUUUGUUAAAAUAUUUUUGAAAAAGUAAAAAACAACACAUAAUGAAAAAUUAUAAUCGUAUAAUAAGAGGAUAUACAGUGAAAAGUCUUCCCUUUGAUUCUUGAUCCUUAAGAAGCUGUACUUUUACCAGUUUCUGUGUCCCACCAACUUUUAAAAAGUCUAAUUCAUUGUUCUAUAAAAGCAUAUGAUAGGGACUUAAGAGAAACUAUAAAAAAGAAUCUUGUAUUUGAAGGAACACUAUGCACUGCUGUAACAAGCAGUGUCCAGUAAGAGCAAAGUGAUAGUUUUCUAGAUGACAUCAUAACAUUUACACUUAAUACAGCUAACUGUUUGUCAGUGUAUUGUGACUUCACUCAGUAUAUCUUUUGUAAAACAUUUCCUUUUUAAAAAAAUUAUUGCCAACAACAGGUGUCCAGUAUGUGUCAUUUACUCAGAACCUGCCAUAAGUACUACUUUAUAGCUAGCGGCAGCGCAUGCACGGCCUUGGUCAGCUAUGUUGCUGCUUUCGGCCAGUGUUGCAAGGACUCUAAUUUUGACAUGCAUUAAUCUUUUAUUUUGCACUUUGAUGGGUGACAGUUUUUAGUGUAAUCUUUUGUGAAACACACUCAAGUGACUUGGACUUACAUGCUCAUCCUUACUUCCUUGGUACCCCUUUUGUAUUAACAAACACUGCAAUUUAUAGAUUACAGUUGUAGGAAGUUAUACUUUUUUUUUUUUUUUUAGCUUUUGUUGUAUUUUCAGCCUAGAUUAUAAUACUGUUGUUCUGUAGCCCCAGCUUAAGGUGCCUUUUUAAUUCCAGUUUUAUGGAUGUUUUUAGUGUUGAAAAGUCAUGUACUUAUUAAUCCCAUUGCUCUUAUUACAUCUGUCUCCCCAUGCAGGGACCUGCAUGCUGUAGCCAUAGAAGCCUCUUCAGUCUAGCCUUGAGGUUGGGGGCACUGGUGAUAACUAAAUGAAUCAGCAGUGGUGGUUGAGAUAGCUGAUUUAAAAACUUCAUGUGUCAAAGAACACAGACUGUUCUGUCAGUUACCAUGCAUGCUCUUUUUACAUUUUUUUUUUUAGUACCUAUGUGAAUGCUAAUCACCAAGAACACAAUUCUCAGAAAGGGAAGACAUGAAAACCCUAAAAUACCCAUUUAAUCAGUCAUGCUCAAAGGGUUUGAAUAAAAGACUCUACCCAUUUUUCUAUGGAGCAGUCAGAUGGACACUUAGUUCUGGCAUGAGAACAAAGACAUUAUUUUGAAAAAUGUGACCUAAUUUACCUAUCAGAAAAAGCUUAUUUUCUGGUGUCUUGUAGUACUAUAUGGAGCUAUGUCAGUUUUGUGUUUAAAAUGUUCAUUUGGUUUGACUUUCUACUUGACCCUUUCUGCUUUUGUGAGGAAGUAAAUACGUUUUUUGAGGAAAGGAGAAUGUGAUUCUUUUUGUUCUCUGUGACAUUAUUUAUUGCUUUUACAAAGUGCAACCAAUGGAUGGUUUUAGUUCUUUCAGAUGACGUGCCUUCCAUGUGCUUCAGCUCACAGCCCUUGGCUGGGUUGGAGGAUACUUUCUGACAGUCCCCUGAGCCUUAAACAUACGUUUUCCAUGACAUACAUUAUCAGUCUUCUGUAAUUGUGUCAGCCAUCUGAAAGAGGAUACUAUUUGCUUAGUGAUAGAACAAUUUUUAUUUUCCUUUUUUUUUUUUGCUUACCAGGCUUAUGAUACAACUUGUGGAACAAAUUUGUAGGAAAAAACACCAGGUUGAAUGAUAGAAACAUGUAAUCAACCUCAGUGGGCUUGAACUGAAGGAAACUAUGGAAUUGUUUUAUUGAGACUUUCCAUUGAGUUAACUAAAAAUAGUUUUUAUUCAUGUCACAGCUUUUAGAGUUAGCAGGAUUUUAUGUGAUUGGCCUUUUCUGUGGUUUUUCUAAGGAACUGUGUCUCAUAAAUGACAGUCCUGAAACUAUUAACUGUUAAGAGUUUCAUGGAGAAGUAGAAGUCUGUUGUAUUUACUAAAAGUUGUCAAUUCCACACCCGUGGAUUUUAAAUGAAAACUUAAUCUGGCUGCUUCUAUGAUUCCCAAAGAUGCCCAAUAUCCAUGGAUGGGAAAUAAAAGUUGCCAGUAAGAUUUUUGAAAACUAAAUGAAAUUCUGACUAAUGAAAAGAAAGUACCUCUGAAAGACCCUAUUUCAUAAAAUUAUAGUUUUACGUUUUUAUUUAAUUUCCAGAAUGGUUUAUAAAACAUUGCCACAUUAUAAUAAUCACAUUUGAUAGCAUAUACAACAUAUUAAUAUAUGCCAGCUGAAAAGACAGUCUGGGAAUAAUAAAAUUACAACCAAUUUGGUAAAUGCAAAAAGAAGACUAGAAUCAAAAUUGAUUUCAGUAAUGAAUUAAAGCAACAGAAGAUGCUGAUUGGCGGAGGAGAAAACAGAAUUUAAGAGAUGCAUUUGACUAACAUCGCUACAUAAUGGAUAUUAUGGUCUGGUGGGUAUUGCCUGACUUAAAUUACGAAAUGAAAACUUAUAAGCAUGUUAUUGGCCUAUUAAAGCUAACAUAUUUUCUUUAGAGAAAAUUCAAAGGAGACAUCAACCAAAAUGUCAAAUACAUACAUCAGAACAUAAAUAAUUUUUCACAUUUUAUUGUUAUGUAAGAAACUGUGAUAAUAGAAUUGGCUGGGUUUCUGAGGUCAAAUCCAGUGUAAAAUUACUAGAUAGUUCAAGAAGCUACAUCUAAUAGUACAGAAAGAGGAUGUAGCCAUGUACUUUUCAUACAUUUGAGAGUAAUACAUCCUUUAGGAUGUAAAAUGAUCAAGUAUUCAGAUCUGAAAUGUAUUAUCAAGACAAGAAUUGGGGCUCACAUUAAAGAACGUUCUGUAUUUGAAGGGACCUGCUGGAAAUGAUCCUCCUGUAAUAGUGUUCUGCUGAAGGAGAAAGUUUUUACAAAAAAUCAAAUCCUACCAAUAGCAGAGGGACUCUAAGGUUUUAUAGUACAUUUCAUUUCUGUGCUUCUGUUAUAGAGAGCAUCUAAUAUACCAGUUCAGAUCCAUUUUUUCAUACUUUUUCUAGUUAUUUGCUUAAUAUUACUUUGGAUUAUUAUCGCUUUCCCACUUAAAAUAUAUUAGUACCUUUUAUACUUUCGAAAAAGGAAGAACCUUUAGGCAAUUAUUGAAUUCAACUUCCAAUGAUGACUUAAAUUUUGGACCUGUUGACUUUUAAUAACGUGAGAGCUCUUCUUUGUCUUCUUAUUUAAAGCCUCACUUAGUCUCUCGUAGGAAUAUAAACGUUUCCUCCUCAUACUCAUCAGCUAGAUAAACACAGACCUUUUAAGGUAGUAGGUAGCCUGGUGGUUUUAGAAGUGUUGGUGAUUUUUAUGGGAGCAAGUUUUCGUAAGUAUUGGUUUAUGGAUGGUCUCCUCAUUUAUUAACUAGGGUAGCUUUUCGAGGGGGGUAAUCUCAGGUUUGAUACCUGUUUUCCCCUGAACAGCAUUUUCCUCAUGGAAGCAGGUGGGAUUCUGGGGAGGUUUUCUUCUCAGAGAAGAUCCAUGUAUGGAAGGUGAGAAUUCAAGGCAUCACUUCUGCAGCAACAAUUUUACUUGCUGCACAGAAACUUGGACAGUUCUCUGGAAUCCACUGGAUUGCAGUUCAGGUUCAGCGUGCCCUGACUACAAGAGGUAACAGUGUUUAUCAAGCCGUUGUUAUACUGGAUUAUUAAUAAUAGAAACUUAUCUUCUAACAUACAACUAUCUUAUAAUUGAAGUAUUACCCAAAAAUUGGAUGGUUAAAAACCAAUGAGAGAUUUUACAUAAAUACAUAUUUUUAAAGUAAGAGCUUAUGCUAUAAUAUUUGCUGGUAGCAACUGCUGUAAAACCAGUGAUGAGUUGUUUUGUUGAAAAGAUCUAGUCAGAGCAGGAUUUUCCUGUCAUUCAUGGCAGAGUGAAAAAGGUUUGCAUGGUUCUUAUCUAAAUCUGUUCUUAACAUUCUUAAAAUCAUCAUUCUAUUGUCCUGUAAGGUUUUAUUUGAAGAUGCUGUUUUUAAAAAGUUCAGAAUUUUGUGUAAGAUAGGUUUUUAUCCCCAUUAUUAGGUACCAGUUGGUGUUAGCUAUAACCAAGUUCCAGUGAGGUCAGACAAGCCUAGGUUCUUUAUAAAAGAAAAAUCUUUUAGAUUUGGAUUUCCCAUUGCAGAUGUUGCUCUCAUUCAUAAAGUCUUUUAACUGUAGGGACUCUUGAAGGUAAUAGAAGUGGGUUUUUUUUUUUAACCUGAUUGGUUAAGUUACAUUUUGAAAAUUACUUAUUUUAAAAUUGGAUAAGAUUAUAAUGAAAACUGGAUGUUUAUAUGUACCUGUCCAUGUUCUCUCAAAUAGAUAUUUCUAUAUGCAGAUAAUAAAGACCAAACCAAUGGCUGCACUAUAGGUCUGCUUCUUAUUUGUACUUGCUCUGCUUCUGUUUAUGUUGUAGAAAGUGAAAUUCUAGCAACAUGCUUCCAUUCUGUUAUCUUUUUUAUACUUAUAAAAAUGUAUUAGGUUUUACUAUAUUAUGCUUUUCAAAGCCAUAACUCGUAAGAACUUCAUUUUUGCAUAUUGUUUGCUAAUACUUUAUUUUAAUAAACCUCAAAACCUGCUUAA